AUGGCGCCCGCGGAACCAAAUGCGAAGCCGUUUCAGCUGAUAGGCGAUGCGCCUGUAUUCCCGGAAGAGCGAGAGGGAUGGAGAGGCUAUAUUGAGUGGGAGAAGUACCCGGAGAAGAAGAAGCAGGCUGCUGAUAUUUUGGCCAAAUAUGACUUCCCUGUUCCGCCCGAGUUCCAGCUCGAGCCAUUGCCGAAGACUAAUCCCCUUCUUGAGGGAGUGCGCUGGAAGCAUUACCACUAUGCCUUGGGGGACACCUUAAAGGAUAUGCCGGAUAUCUCAUGGGAGCACGUCUUGAAGGAGAAAAGCGAGGAUAUGCUACACGUACUACAAUUUCCGUACAACGGCGAACCGCCAAGGAAACGCUUAGUAGAGACCGAGAUAACCGACAACAAGGAUCUCUUCGUUCGCAACCAUGGCGGUAUUCCUGAGAUAGACCCUGCUUCGUAUUACUUCGAGGUUGAAGGCCUGGUCAACAACCCCAAGAAGAUCACCCUCGCGGAGCUUCAGGAUGAGAGCAUCUUCCCGCGCAUGUCGACGACUGUGACUCUGCAAUGCUCCGGCACGCGUCGCCUUGAGCAAAUCCACGACUACCCCGGCGACGGAGACGAGCUCAUCAACGCACCCUGGGGCGAGGGAGCAAUCGGCACAUCCCGCUGGACUGGAGUGAGCUUGAAGAAAGUCAUCAAGUACUGCGGCGGACUGAAAGACAACGGAAAGCAUCUGGAGUUCUUCGGAGCCGACACCUACUUCAAGAAGGGCCAAGUCUACAACUACGGCGUGUCGGUACCCUCGCGCAAAAUGAAAGUCAACGAAGUCAUGCUGGCCUGGGAGGUGAAUGGCGAAACACUACCCCCGAUCCACGGUGGCCCGCUGCGUGUCGUAGUCAUGGGCUACAUCGGCGCACGAAGCUGCAAAUGGCUGACCCGCAUCAACGUCAUUUCGGACCCCAGUCUCGCCCCCGUCCAGAUGAAGGAGUACAUCUACUACACGCCCCAGGUCGGGAAGCACAACGCCACGUACAGCAACGGGUUUAGUAUCCAGACUAUGCCCGUUGCCAGCGCCAUCAUGACGCCCGUUGACAAGGACGUCAUCAUGCAUGACGGCAAGAUCAAGUUGACUGGCUGGGCUUAUAGUGGGAGCGGUUGGCCUGAGCGUGUCGAGGUCAGCGCCGAUGGUGGAGGUGUCUGGUAUCAAGUGCCGUACGACCAGCUCAGCACAAAGUAUCUCCACGCUUGGCGCACGUGGGAGUAUGAGAUUCCGGUCGAUGCGGAGGGCUGGCUUGAAUUCUGCGUGCGGUGCUGGGAUGAUGCGUUGAACACGCAACCCACAUUUGUGCGCAGCGCAUGGAACUGGGAUCUUCACGUAACAUCCUCAUGCCAUCGCGUAAAACUUUACAGCGUCAAUAGAACCAAGCCGAUGACCGCUAAGCGCCUCAAGCUCAUGGAAGAAAAGGGCGUUUCUAUGCUGCCUCUGACGCGCCCUAUGGAGUUUGAUCUGGAGACUGAGGAGGAAUACCUUGAAGAGAUGAAGAAGCGCGGAGGGCGCGAUCCGAUUGAAUAG